GUGAUGUCUAACGUAUUAUAUUGUGCGCUCAUCACAUAUAAAUAAUUAAUAAUAAUUAUUUGGAAAUGUUAUUAACACAUUAAAAUUUAACUACAUUGCUAUCGUUUUAAGUGCAUAGUGAUGGCUCAACAGAACCAAGUGAACUUGGAUAUUGAAGAUGAAUCCCCAACCGAGGGCACCUCACGUAACAACCCCUUGCAUAGAUUAGACUCCAAUAAUAGACCAGCGCUUUUAAAUAGGAAUAACCUGGGUCUGGGAGAUCGUUUAAAUCAUGUCAUCAGAGAAAUCAGGCCUUUUGUGGAAAAUGCACGAAUGGGCAAUAAUGGGAGACUGUCAUUACCAACAUGGCUACCAAGACAGACACCGGCAACUCAUCAAACCAGUGAAUCCCAGAGACCACAAAGCUCAAUUGCACAUGUUGGCAGUCAGACUUACGGGGUCACUGAUAGGGGAACUCAAUUAAGCCUUAAUAUGUUACAUGAACCUAGCAUGUCUGAUGAAGAGCAUGUAGAUAUCAAUGUGUCAGUGAAUCCAGCCAACAAUAAUAACAUUCAUGAUAAUACUGAUAAUGAAAGUCAAAGUGAUGAUGGUGGUACACAGCAGGUGGUGGAUAUCAGGGCGACCUUAAAUCUGCUCCUCCGCUAUGCUCCAUUCUACGUAAUACUGUUUAUAAAGUUUAUGUACGACAGCAGAGAGGGAUUGUUCACAUUUCUUGUCUUGUUCUGUACAUUUGCUCACUGCAACGGUCUUGUAAGGAGAGAACAUGGCAAGCAGAUGAAUAGAAGUAUACCAGCUUUAUUAUGUGAACUUAUCUUCACAAUCAGUUGCAUAGCUGUGGUUCACUUCUUGUUCGGCCAUGAGAAACUUCUGCCUAACGUGGUGAUGUUCCCAACAUAUACCGACUCCAUUGAUGCUUGGGAAUUAAUCUGGCUGGUUGUGUUGACUGAUCUCAUUGUCAAGAUUAUUACUGUGGAUAUAAAAAUAAUUGUCACAAUGAUGCCCGCGUUCUUGCUCCCGUUUCAGAAAAGGGGUAAGGUGUACCUAUUCACUGAGGCGAUAUCCCAAUUGUACCGUUCUCUGCUCACUACACAACCGUGGAUAUUUUUCCUGAUGCAGUCUUAUGAUGGAUCCGAGAAGAUGGUGGGCAUGUUCCUGACUUCAAUUUAUGUAGUUGCCAAAGUUGUUGAAGUGAUAACUAGAUUGGUUCUCUUCAAAUAUGCAACAUGGACUUUAUUGCAAAGUGUGAAUCUCGGCACGAAACCAACUGGGGAACAACUGUUGUCUGCCGGCGACUCUUGUCCCAUCUGCCAUGAUGACUACACAACUCCGGUGCGGCUCGACUGCAGCCAUAUAUUCUGCGAACUCUGCAUCUCUGCCUGGUUGGACCGCGAGCACACCUGCCCACUCUGCAGGGCGAAGGUCUCAGAGGAACCCACCUGGCGGGACGGUUCCACUGCGUUUAGCUUUCAAUUGUACUAAGUUAAUAUAUAAAUUGAUGAGGUCACAGUGUAGUCUUAAACAGAAACUAUGGAACUUAUAGGCAUAUUCUCGUUGGUCAAUUUGAAGAUAUUGGGAUGCAAUUCGAAGAUAUUGAGGAUGCAAUCCGAAGAUAUUGAGGUUGCAAUCUGAACAUAUUGACGAUGCAAUUCAAAGAUAUUGAGGAUGAAAUCCAAACAUAUUGGGGAUGCAAUUCCAACAUUUGUAGAAUUUUAAUAUACAUGUCUAUGUGCAAAUAAGUCACACUUACGAUGAAUGGCAUGGUGUGAUGGAUAUCACGGAUGUUCAUAUUACGACGUGAUGACUGUUGUGCUGUGCCACUUUCUAUACGGUGGACCGUGAUAUGUUUUUUAAUGGAAUGGUGUACCCGCCUGCGUUAACGGUCUACGUUGGCGGGACCCCAGUUGAGGAUGAUAAUAUGAGGUCCGGUCAGUUAGCUCAUCGUGCCAAUUCAAAAGGAAUUUAUCAUUAUGGUUUUAAGGGGUAACCGCGUGCAGGUCAACCUGACAUGUUAACAAUGGAGUCAACAGUCCACAUUACUAACAAUCCCUUUCCCCCGGCCGUUAUGUUUAUCAUUCCAUUCCAGUCAUGUAAUAACGUUGUGUUGGUGCAUACUAAUAUAUUGUUUGCAUUUAGGCAUGCAUUCCAUCACCUUCAUCCUUCUAUUAGCUCCUUUACACGUACACUCUUUCACGCGCGAAUCGGCUUACACGCAGGAAAGAACGAGCACGUUAUAGUAGUAAUAGUUGUCUACAACAAAAAGAACGAGA